CGAGCUGCUCUGAUUGUUCUGCGGAUACUGGUUUUGGGAGAAUCUUUUAAUCUUCAAUCUAUAGCUUUAGUAAUGGUGGAUGAAUGUUCUUCUCGGGGAUCGAUCUGAGACUCGAAAUUUUGUUCUUAGUUCGGAAUCCGAAACCCUAGAGUGAGAGAUAAUCAUGGCAUCGUAUAGGCCUUACCCUCCUCCACAAUCUUCAUUUGGUCCGCCUAGCCAGAACCCUCUUCCUCCACCUCCAGGUCCGCCACCAACGAGGCCGAAUCAGUACCCUGAAAAUCGAGGCUUUAGCGGCGGUGUCGCAGGAUCUCAGGCUUCUGGGCCUCCUCCUUCCUCGUAUCCACCGAAUUAUAACCAAACUCACCCCAAUUCGAGCUUCCAUCAUGGUGGAUAUGGAUCGUCUUCGCACCAUUAUGGGCCUCCUAGAGGUCAACCUCCUGUGCAACAUCACCACCACCAGCGGCAGCAACCGUCUCAACAACAAGAACCACAACAUCAGUAUCCACCACCGCCGCCACCGCCACAGUCUUCUUAUCAACCUCCGCCACCGCCUCCGAUGCCACCAGCUUCUGUGAAUCCACAACCGCAGCCUCCACCACCUGCAAAAUACUAUCCGUCUUCGCAGUAUCCUCCCCACUACAACCACCAUUCAGUUCCUCUGCCACCAAUGCCUCCGCCCCCGCCUCCUUCGUCACCUCCGUCAAGUUCAGCAGAUCCUCCUCCACCCCCUCCGCUGCUUCCGCCUCCAUCACUGCCGCCACCGCCGCCUUCGUCUGCUCCUCCGCCAAAUCAGGGUAAGGAGAGCGGACCGGAUAGUCAUGGGCACGACAAAGGGGUGCCCAAGGACUCUAAUGGUGUUGGGUGGAGAGAAUCGAGGCAUGUAAAACAUGGGCUUCCUCCUAAACAGCAGCAGAAGGCGUCUGUUCCUCCUCCAGUGCUGGCGGGUAAGCCGAAUGGGCCUUUUGGGAGGGUUGAGACGGAGGAAGAGAGGAGGUUGCGGAAGAAGAGGGAGUAUGAGAAGCAAAGACUGGAAGAAAAGCAUAGGCAACAAUUAAAGGAGUCUCAGAACACAGUGUUGCAUAAGACGCAAAUGAUGUCUUCUGGAAUGAAGGGGCAUGGUUCAAUAAUGGGUUCACGCAUGGGAGAGAGGAAAACCACUCCAUUUUUAAGUGGUGAGAGGAUUGAAAACAAGUUGAAGAAGCCAACGACAUUUUUGUGCAAGUUGAAGUUCCGGAAUGAACUUCCAGAUCCAACAGCACAGCCAAAGCUAUUGUCCUUGAAUACUAAUAAAGAUCAGUACACUAAAUAUGCUAUCACGUCCUUGGAGAAAAUGCACAAACCUAAACUUUUCGUUGAGCCAGAUCUUGGGAUACCACUUGACUUGCUUGAUAUCAGUAUAUACAAUCCUCCCAGCAUAAGACCACCCCUUGAUCCAGAAGAUGAAAAACUUUUGCGUGAUGAUGAGUCAGUAACGCCUGUCAAACAAGAUGGAAUAAGAAGGAAAGAGCGGCCUACAGAUAAAGGUGUUUCUUGGCUUGUUAAGACACAAUAUAUUUCUCCUCUUAGCACGGAUGCAGCAAAGCAGUCCCUAACUGAAAAGCAAGCCAAAGAACUGCGAGAGACAAGGGGCAGCCGCAAUCUUUUGGAGAAUUUCAAAAAUAGGGAAAAACAAAUCCAGGCUAUUGAAGCUUCUUUCGAGGCAUGCAAGUCAGUACCAGUUCAUGCAACCGACAAGUCAUUGCGACCUGUUGAGAUUCUUCCUCUUUUGCCUGAUUUUGAUCGGUAUGAAGAUCAGUUUGUUUUGGCAGCCUUCGAUAGUGAUCCUACAGCUGAUUCAGAAGUCUACAAUAAAUUUGACAGAUCAGCCCGUGACAUCUAUGAAUCGCAGGCAAUUAUGAAAAGUUUUGCUGGAGGUGGUUCAGAUCCGUCCAAGCCCGAAAAAUUUCUGGCAUAUAUGGUCCCUUCACCAGAUGAGCUAUCAAAGGAUUUGUAUGAUGAGAGUGAAGAUGUCAGGUAUAACUGGGUUAGAGAAUACAACUGGGAUGUAAGAGGUGAUGAUGCUGAUGAUCCGACAACAUAUCUUGUUGAUUUUGAUGAAGACGCGGCACGCUACUUGCCUCUCCCUACAAAACUUGUAUUGAGGAAAAGGAGGGCAAAAGAAGGAAGAUCCAUUGAGGAGGUUGAACAUUAUCCUGUGCCUUCAAGAGUGACCGUCAGGCGGAGAUCAGAAGUUGCUGCACUUGAACUAAAAGAUUCAGGGGGUUAUGCAACUUCCAAGGAUGGUAUGUCCAGAUCAAAGGGAGGUAGGUCAUCUGUUGAAGAUGGUCUGGAAAUGAGACGUAAGGUUGCUCGAGUUGAAGACAUGGAACACUCUAGUGGAGCAGAAGAUGACAUGUCUGAGUGAUUGCUGAUAAUUAAAUACUGCGAAUUCCGAAGGUUUUCAAAUUAAUUAAU